UAGAUGGUUGCUUGCUGAUCAUCUGGGUGAAAUGUUAUCAUAGAAUAUUCUAGUGAAACAGCUCAGUUUGAUAUAGCCUUGGUCACUUAAUGUUUGUUAUUCUACCUGCUAGCUUAGCUAACGUUAGCAUUUCACUCUCAUUGUCUGCCUUUUGCUGUACAGAAAUGGUUCCAUCAAAUCUUGGGGAAGAAAUGUCUACUGAAGUAGCGUUACCACCUGAGUGGGAGGACGAUGAACGGAUGGAUUUCCUGUUCUCUGACUUUAAAGAAAGCCGAGAUGUCAGCACAACAGAUUGGGACAGUAAAAUGGAUUUCUGGACAUCACUCAUUCUUAAAAUCUGCAGGAGUCGCGGAACCGUCUAUGUUAAUUUGCAGGAGCUGAACAAGAUUUUUCAGAGGAAAGGAAUUAUGCCUUUGGGUUUGGCUACUGUCAUUCAGUGCAUGGCCAGGUGUGGCAAGAUACAAAGGGAGUCAGAGUUUGCCGCAAAUGUAGACUGUGGGUGGGUGUCUUGGGGUGUUGGCCUGUUGCUGGUGAAGCCUUUAAAAUGGACCUUUUCAACUCUUCUUGGUAGCAGUGGGGUUACUUUGAAGGAGUUGUUUGUUGUCAUUGAACUGGUAAAGGAGAAGGCAGCAGAAUUGCUUGGUGUCUACCGAAGCUCCCCAGUGGCCAACCACUCUCUCCUGUCCUUCCAGGAGCUCCGUACACUGUCGUCCCAUGUCUGUGUUGACGAGAGUACCUUGUGUAUGGCUCUGCUACAGCUGCAGAGGGAGAAGCAGGUGACAGUAUCACUGCAUGGAGGCGAGAAGAUUGUGAAGUUUUCUCAGCCAGGACAGAAUCAUGUGUCUCCUGUCAGUGACGUAGACCUAGGCAUCUACCAGCUCCAGCGCAGUGAGAGACUGCUUGAAGAGAGGGUGGAGGCAUUGGGACUAGAGGCAGAGAAGUACAAAGAAGAAGCUAGGGUGUUGCUGCGGGAAGGGAAGAAAUCUCAGGCUCUAAGGUGUUUGAGAAGCCGAAAGAGAGUUGAGAAGAAAGCAGACCACUUAUAUGCCCAGCUGGAAAAUGUGAAGGAAAUCUUAGACAAGAUAGCAAACUCACAGACUGACAAACUGGUGAUACAGGCGUAUCAGGCUGGUGUGUCAGCCCUGCGACUCUCUUUGAAGGAUGUGACAGUAGAAGGAGCUGAGAGCCUUGUGGAUCAAAUCCAAGAGUUGUGUGACACUCCGGAUGAAGUGAACCAAAUUCUGGCUGGUGGAGCACUCAACUCAACGGAUGCAGACACAGACGGGCUGGAGGAUGAGCUAAGAUUUUUAUUGGAGAACUCUAGUCUGGAUGAGCCUUCUACGCUACCUGAAGUACCGUCACACCCUCUUACACCUGUCAGGGAAUCUGGUUCCUUUUGUGAUGAUCUGCUGAGCGCUUUGCCCUCAGUCCCUCAAAGCCACUUCAAUAUCACAGAUGAUGAACUGGACAAAGAGCGUAGUCGUAUAACGCUUGCAGAUACAGGUCUUCAACAAAAAUAUCGUACCUCUCCAGUGAAGAGGGCUGAGCCUGCACAGUGACAACAGUAAUAAAAUAAGUAAACUGCACUAACGAUCCCUGACCCUCAACGUGUGUCUGGGCAUGGUGAUCAAAAAUAAUUGCAUGAUAUGUCUUUUGUAACAUAGAUCUGUGAUCACUUUUUUUUUAAAGGGGGUAGAUCAGCUUUAAUAUUGUAGCUUCCAUCAACGUAAUUGUCAGCAUCACUUCCAAUCCGCCAUAUAUUUUUUUUGUGUUUGUUUUUGAAAGCAAAAAAUAUAAAAUUGUCCAUUUUAAAAUAACAUCAAAUUGAUCAGAAAUAUAGUGUAGAC